AUGUCUAUCAAAGAUAGCGCUUUGAGCACAACAUCUAGAGUCUACAUACCAGAAGGCUCACAUCGGUGCCGAGACUAUCUCCUACCAACUGUGAACGAUGGAUCGCACUUUUUCCGCUCGAUGAUAUGGGAUAUGUAUAAGACAGGAAAAUACUCGGAUUUCACAAUCAAAGUAAAGGGGUUUGAGCGAGAAUUCCAUGUUCAUCGAGCCGUGAUAUGUCCGCAGUCGACUAUAUUUGAGGCCGCUUGUCGGGGGAAGUUUAUUGAAGCAACGACGCAAUCAAUGACAUUAGUCGACGAUGACCCCGAGAUAGUCGAGCGUAUGAUCAAAUAUCUCUACACACAUCGAUACGACGACUCGGAAGACUGGGACUUCCAUUGUCUCUACUACCGCCCACACAGCCUCAAAUACGAGACAAAAGUAACCACAUCAAGCGAAAGCAAACAUAGCCGACCCUUCCGCCUUCAUACAUCGACAUCACCAACGAAACCACCCAACAAACCCGGGUCAUCCUCCUCAACCCCUUCUACGUCCCCCCACCCCCCUCGGUCUCUCUACGUCUACGCCAUUGCUGACAAAUACCUAAUCUACCCGCUCAAAAACAUCGCCCGCGGCCGCUUCGCUAAAUGGGCGAAUGUCCACUGGUCUAUGCCAAGCUUCAUCUCUGCCGUGCGCGAGAUCUUCGACAAUGAAAGCGGGAAUUACGCGGACCUGAAGGAAGUCGUUCUCGCGCCGAUGGUGCAGCAUGCCGACACACUUCUAUCCGACCAAAGAGAGGAAACUAGUAACUUCCUUCGCGAUUACAGUGAGGUGAGCGUCGAGAUUUUGCGGCGCGUCCUCGAGCAGAACAGGAUUGCACAGACGGGGCUGGAGGUUGAUAUUUCGGAUUUGCAUUCCCGCAUUGGUUGGUUGAAGAGCGAGAAUAAGAAGAUUACCAUGCUGCAGAAUCAGAAUCAUAAGCUGAAUAAGGAGUUGCUGGAAAUUAAGAUGGUAGUGUUGGCGUGGAAGAGAGAUAUGAGGAAUAUGCGAGGGGGGGAGGAUAGAGGGAGUAGUGGUAGGAAUGGACGUGUAGGUACUUCUACGGCCGGUGCUGCGGCAGGUCAAAAUCAGGUUAAUUCAGAUGUAUAG